GGUAUGUCUGAUACUUUAUUUGAUAUUUACCAAAACGUGGAGAGUGCGAAGGAAUUGUGGAAUUCACUUGAGUCCAAGUAUAUGGCUGAGGAUGCUUCUAGUAAGAAGUUCCUUGUUAGUGAUUUUUAUCACUAUAAGAUGAUGGACUCAAGGCCUGUUAUGGGACAAUACAAUGAAAUUCUUCGCAUUCUGGGCCAACUCACUCAACAUAAUAUGAAGAUGGAUGAGUGUGUCGCAGUAGCGAUGAUAAUUGAAAAAAUACCACCAACAUGGAAGGAUUACAAGCGUGAUCUGAAACAUGGGAAUGAAGAGUUGUCUCUGUUACAACUCGGUAGUCACAUACAGAUUGAGGAAUCACUCCGCAUUCAAGAAGGUGACAAAAAUAAGGCAAAGCCUGAUGUUGGACAGACUACUGUCCACAUGGUUGAAGUAAACAAAAACAAUCAAAAUCACAAGGGAAAAGACAUCAAACGCAAGAAUAAUAGCCGAGACAAACCAAAUAAGAAUCCUAAGGAUCUGGUUUGUUGGAGAUGUCAAAAGACGGGUCAUGUUAAGCGUGAUUGUCGGGUGAAUCUCAAUAAGAACAAUGCUGCAAAUAGUGGUGGAGGAAACAGUGGUGGUGGAAACAGUGGGCCUAAGGACUCUACUGCAUCUAGAGGAGGAUGAUGACCGUACAUGGUGGGUUGACUCGGGUGCCACAAGUCAUAUGUGUAAAGAUCGUCGAUGGUUCGAGAAAUUGACACCAGUUGAUGAUGGUUCCACGGUGAUGAUGGGUGAUAAGUCGAGUCAACCAAUUUGUGGCUUUGGAGUUGUUAGUCUUACUUUUACUUCGGGAAAAACAAUAAAGUUGUCUGAUGUUUUAUUUGUUCCUAGGCUUAGUAAGAACCUUGUUAGUGGUGGUUGUUUAAAUUCUGAUGGCUUUAAGCAAGUCUUUGAAUCGGAUAAAUUUAUUUUAUCUCGAUUUGGCACGUUUGUUGGUUUUGGUUAUUUUACUAACCGUAUGUUUUGCUUGAAUUUGGUUGAUACUUUAUCUUCUGUUGGAAAUUCUGUGUUUGUAUCAUCUGCAUCAUUUACUUCUUCAAUUGAUAAUGUCAUGUUAUGGCAUGCUCGUUUAGGUCACGUUAAUUUUAGAAGAAUGCACGAAAUGUCAAAAGAUGGAUCAAUUCCUGCCUUUGAUAAUAAUACAGAAAAAUGUAAAACUUGCAUGUUGACCAAAAUCACAAGACAACCUUUUCAAAAUAUUAAUCGAAAUUCUGGAAUUUUGGAAUUGAUUCAUAGUGAUCUUUGUGAUUUUCA